AUAGUUCCGCCAUCGUUCAAACCGUUAUACACCGAAGGAGAGCGAUGUCGCAGAAAGGUUCACGAAUGGGUUCCGAGGGCGAAAUGAUGCGAUCUGCGUCAGUCUCACGGCCGUCAUCGUCACAGCGAACGCAGCGAAAGUUAGCCGAGGAACCAGCAGAAGCGCCCGGUCGUCUCUUCCCUUCGUCCGCGUACGACCUCAUGCCAGUAUACCCCGGGGCACAUUCGCAGAUUAUGUCUGGAGACGGCGCGAACGCGCAGGACAGGCCACUGGAUGUUACGGACGCACUGGGCUAUUUGGAUGCUGUGAAGGUGCAGUUCCAUGACCGCCCGGACGUGUACAACCAGUUUUUGGACAUCAUGAAGGAUUUCAAGAGCCAGAUCAUAGACACCCCCGGCGUGAUUCAACGCGUGUCUUCACUCUUCCGCGGCCAUCCCGCCCUCAUCCAGGGCUUCAACACGUUCCUGCCACCGGGGUACCGUAUCGAAUGCAGCAGCAACUCACAAGAAACGAACCUCAUCACCGUCACCACGCCUACAGGGACGACGACUCGGUCGGCCGCUACGUACAUGGAAGCGCCGCCACGCGAGCUUGCUGGUCACGCCUCGACCUCGAUGCUUCUCGACCCGAACCCCGGCUACCAGGGCAUGCCGCCACCCUCCGCGCCACCCAGGGACCAAAAGGCGCCGUUACAAUCCGCGAUGAAUUAUGUUCAAAAGAUCAAACUGCGCUUUACGGACGAGCCGGACACAUAUAGGCAAUUUUUGGAGGCGCUGAACAACCACGCGGAUGAGCAGGAGGCUUUGUUAGCGCGGGUGGAGAUGAUUUUCAAGGACGAACGGGGCCUGUUUGAAGAGUUCAAGGAGUUUGUCGCCACGCAGAGAGCGCACAUCGCGGACAUGAUGACGGGCGACUCGCGCGCGCCGACACCAGAAUCCCGACCAUCUCGGAAGAGAGGGGAGCCCUCGGGCUCAUCUACUGCUCAAGGGUCGGCCAAGAGGAAGCGGAAGCCCGCAGAGAAGGAGAACGCGCCCUCUACGAAGGCUGGUGGACAGAAGAAAGGCAAACAGACGGCAAGCCACAAUGAAGCCUCGAGCUCCCGCACACAGAAACCACCGUCCCCUCGCACUGCCAAACUGCACCACCACCAGGCCCUCGCUGCGAACCCUAACUACCCAUCCACAUCACACUCCCUCCCCCUAAUGCCGCCGCCAAACGUCGUUCUCAGCCAACAAGACGAGAGCAACUUCUUCGACCGCGUGAAGCGGAUGCUCGACAGCCGGGAGACGUUCAACGAGUUCCUGAAGAUCGUGAAUCUGUUCACGCAGGACAUCAUCGACCGCUCGCGUCUGAUCAAGGAGAGCCGGACGUACCUCGGCUCCGGGGAGCUGAUGGCGCAGUUCAUGGAGAUCCUGGGGUGGGACGAGAGGAAGGAGGCGGAGAGGAUCUCGGCGGAGCAGCUGGAGCAGGCGUGGGUAAACCGUUCGCCCAGGGUGCUUGAUGUCCCGCGGAGAGUGGACCUGAGCGCGAGGUAUGGCAGCUAUCGACGUCUUCCAGAAAACGAAAUCAACGUGACAUGCUCGGGCCGGGACGAUAUGUGCAAGGCUGUACUCAAUGAUGAGUGGGUCUCUCACCCUACUUUCGCCAGCGAAGAUUCUGGCUUUGUGGCACACAAGAAGAAUGUCUACGAGGAAGCCCUUCACCGCAGCGAAGAAGAACGGCACGAGUACGAUUUUCACAUCGAAGCUAUCACUCGCACCAUCAGCGCUCUCGAGCCCAUAAACAACAAGAUCGCACAGCUGAGCGCCGAGGAACGCAGCAACUUCAAGCUCAAAGCUAACCUCGGUGGCGUCGGCAAAAGCAUCCAUCAAAGGGUCAUAAAGAAGAUAUACGGGCGCGAGGCCGGCUUGGACGUCAUACAAGCGAUGCAGGACUCUCCCGCCCUCGCCAUCCCCGUGGUCCUGGGCCGGCUGAAGCAGAAGGAGGAAGAGUGGAAGCGCGCACAGCGAGAGUGGAACAAGGUGUGGCGGGAGGUCGAUGCGCGGAACUACGAAAAGUCGCUCGAUCACCAAGGCAUCACGUUCAAAAUGAACGACAAGAAGGCGACCAGCACGAAGGCGUUCCUCAACCAAAUCGAAGCUGCUCGAGACGAGCAGAUAGCGAAGCGCGCAGUUAUGGUUGACCCACUAUUCUCGAGGGCGCGGCCGAGACAUCAGUUGGAGUACUUCGUCGAAGAUAUCUCGGUGCUGCAAGAUGCGCUGCGAUUGACCCUCAGCUUCCUCGACCGCACCCAGAAUCAAAUAGGGUUCACUGAGCGGCGGCGCAUAGAAGGCUUCAUUCGGCUGUUUGUUCCCAUGUUCUUCAUGCUUGACCACGCCAGCUUCAACGCCGCCUUCAUCGCUCGGCGAGAGGUAGGUGACAGCGAGACUAGUGACGAAGUUGCCAGUAUAAUAGAUGAGGCGGAGAUCGUCAGUGUCGCGAGCAGCAACUCAAGAAAUGGCAGAGGCACGCGGAAGAUGGGUGGCGGGAAUGCGGGCGACUUACGCAAGAAGCUGCUGAAGAGCGAGCAGGCCAAGUCGACGAGUAGGCGCACGAGAGCCCAGGAGUUGGCUUCCCCCAAUACAUCGCGGCCUGCGUCACCAGCUCUGACUGACCCGAUGCAGGUGGACGCGGAGGAGAGUAAGCCGCAGGUAUCGGAGAAGAAUGGAGAGCCGUCGAGUUCAUCCAAUGGAGCUCCUGUAGAACGGACGGACCGUAAAGGCUCAUUCUUCACAAAUACCAUCUUCUAUGUCUUCAUACGGCUAGUUGAGCUUCUCUAUUCUCGACUCCUACUAUACAAGCACCUGAGUGGAUCUUCCUCCCGUCAACAGCAUUACGCUAUGCUGUUGGAUGCGUGCGAGAGACUGUUCGACAACGAUAUCGAGCAGCAUUCGUUUGAGGAUCAAAUGAGGCAGUUGUUUGGACCUAGGGAUGCAUAUCGGAUAUUCACCGUGGACAAGGUGAUAGGGCCCAUGAUCAAGCAAAUACAACUUGCUUUGUCAGAUUCUAAAUCAAUGGAACUAUACGAGUUGCUGAAGAAGGAGCGGGCGAUCACGUCCCCCGUAUCCCAGGAUUACAUCAACCUGAGGAAGCAAGCUGAAGCAAUCUUGGGUCCUGAUGAAAACCUAUUCCGCAUUGACUGGUAUCCAGAUCUUAAAUCGGUGACUAUCCAGCUGUUAGGGAAGGAUGACGCAAGUGACACAGACCCGGAGGUACUCAGUGGUCGCUGGCAAGCUUAUCUCGAUUCCUUCGUUUCUGGUGAUUCCGCUGCAGGUCUCCCACCUAACAAAGUCAGAUCACCCUUCUUACGCAGGAAUCUACCGCAAUCGCUCGAGCUGCCCAAAAUCGCCGCACGUGGGGGCUUGGAGAUCAAGGUCUGCGUGCGGACGUAUCGGCUGUUCUUCGUAUCGCACACCGAGGAUGUCUUGUUUCGAACGAAGACACAGGAGGAGCUUGACCGUGCGCAAAAGUAUCAGCCCCGACCGUUCAAGGACGGAUUGCUUGGAAAGAGCCAGACCCCGCCUGUGCAGCAGCCCAGUUGAUAUAUGUUUCCUGCGCCUGUUCUUUUGGUCGUUCGCAUUUAUCAUUAUUAGAUGUAUAAAUAUCGUAAUUGGGACCUGGGACCACAUAUCCAGUAUCCUGCUAAGUUGUG